AGUAAACCAGUGAUUAGGGAGAGUUUGAGAGUUUAGAGCGGUUCAAAAGCCCUUAUGAGGGUAUCUCGACAAUUAUUCGAGAACUGUAUAUUUUUGGAAGCUGAUCGCGUGUUAACAUAUCGUCUAUAAUUAUCGAGUGAAACAAUGGCAAAUCGAAGCCGGCCGAGUGACAUCGAUCGGAUCUGCGAGGCGAUACACGACUUACAGAAAUCCUUGGAAUGUACGAUUUGUUUGGACUUCCUGACAGAACCUACCAAGACCCGAUGUGGUCAUUCAUUCUGUAGAACUUGUAUAGGAAAGGUCUUACAAAUGAAAAACGCUUGUUGUCCACUGUGCAAGGAGAGUCUUAAUAGACGCAACAUUUCCAAGGAUGAUUAUAUGCAAACUUAUAUCGAGAAGUUAAAAAAUCUUGUCAUUGCCAUCCAGAAUGAUACUAAUAUCGAGUAUACUGAACUAUUAUCGCACUCGAAGAAGCCCUGUAAUACGAAGGAAAGCUGUUCUUAUUCAGAUUCUAGACAGCCUAGCCAAGAUUCUAACAAAGAAAAACGUUCUAAGAAAGAGAAGUCUAGUUAUCAAUCGAAUCAAAAUGCGAACAGGCAAACCGACAGACCGUCGACAAGCCGUGAAACAAUGAUUGAUCGUGGUAAUCCGCGAUGUGGUUUAAACGUGUCAAACAAGAAACCUGCAACUUUACCGAACUUCUACUCUGCUUUUCCUAGCGAUGAGACUCACAUCACAUCGGAUGCCAAAAUUCGCUCGUGGCUACACCAGUUUCCCGAUAACCUGAAUACCGAUAAACCGGAUAUCGAUGAUUCGAUCGCGAAAAACAAAAAAUCACCGAUCGAACAUGAAGCUAAAUCAAUCAUUUCAAUAUCCGACAAUAAUAGGAAAUCUGACGAGAUCGUCGAAGUACAUCGCAACAGGAUUAACGCAAAGCGCCGGUCAAGUCGAGAUAGAAAACAGAUUAUGGAUUGCUCAAAGCGUAUCGACGAAGACAACAUGUUAUCCCAGGUGAAUAAAGAGGCUAACCAGAUUGACAAAGUAAUACAGCCCACUUCGAGCAAAUUGAAUUACAAGAUUCACGCCACAAUACAGCUGGCCCCCAAAAUACGCGCAGAAAAAAAUCAUGAGAAGAAUGCGAAGUCGAGUGUCGAGGAGACUAACAGUCAAAAUAGCUCUACGUUACGGAUAACAACGUACGACGAUCCAAAUGCGACAUCUAUGCCUUCGUGUCUGGGUAUGAGGAGCACAUCUGCGACUAGCGAACAAUCCACCGCGAACUGGCUCUCUAUGAUCGAGUUUGAGAAAGAGAUGAAACGCGGGAGCAAAAGAAAGGUAAAAAAACUGAACGUGAGCAUUGAGAAAAAUAAGAAUCUACCUCGGAUAAUCGAGAACGUUGUACUCUCAGAGAGUAACAAAUACGAUUCGGCGAGACUUACGGCAAGUCAUAAAAAAAGCGAAAAAGAGACGAACAUAUCGCCGGAGUCGAGCGGUCGAAAACAGAACGCGAUUGAUAAAAAUCUAAAUUUAUCAAACGCAAAAGUGAGAGUAUUAAUUGAUACGAACAAUCGGACGGAAUUAUUUGACAAAGAUGGGGCUAACUGUUCGCAAUCAAUGUAUCCUAUCAACACGUCUGCCACAUUGGAGGAAGGCAGGCAAACAGACAUAAUAAAUCUAAAUAUCAAUCAAAUAAACAAAAUUAUUGGCCUCGAUAACACCGCGGAAGAUCGAGAUUGUGAGAAAAAUUCCGCUGAUUAUAGCGAUGCAUCACCAUCACAGCGAAAAUUAACUGUAAUAACGUCGGAGAAAUUAAACGAAUCGGUAUAUGAACACGAAAGAUUUUGUAACAUUUCACAAACUUCCACCAACGACUUUGAAACUGUAUCCGACUACUCGUCGCCCGAAAAACGGUUUCUCGGAUCCCGAGAGACCAGUAAUGUUCAGGAGACACUGGAUGAAAUUAUAUCUUCUCAAUUAUCAUCGACAUCAAAAAAGGGUAGGCUAUCCUUGAAAAGGAGGACUGAUAAGAACGUUGAGUCGCCGCUUUUCAGCGAUUAUCCGUUGUCACAGAGAUUUUCGAUGGACAUAAAUUGUAUCAGUGAUCGUAAGAACGUCAAUUCGCCAGUAUCAAAGGAUGAUAAGCUGUUUGAUCGAUCAAAAGUUGUGAGGCGUGAUUUGAACUUCAAAAUCCACGAAAUUCAACAACGAACCGACCAGGAUAUGAUAUCCGCCAGUGCAUCAAAAGGCAUAAUCGAAAUUGAAAAUAACAACGAAAAUGUUUCCAAAAUUGUUCAUCAGGACAAAAAGCUCAGUCAUAAAUUUACCGAUGAAUCUACAGUGUCGAAAAAGUACCUCUCGACAAAAUCGAAAAAUGUCGAGAAUCAAGAACGUCGAUCUCUCGUGAAAUUUAUGCAAUUAGGUUCGUUAAAUAAGAGGUUAAACAAGAGGUUAGUCCGAUAUAUUUACGCAGGCCCGACCAAACGCGAAAUGUCGAUGCCAGCAGAAGUUCGAGUCACCUCGAUGUGCAAUACGCAAUUAAACAGAUCUGAAAUAUAUGUAGCAACAUCUCCUAAUCCAUGGAAUGAUUCACAAAACUCGAAUAACAUCAACGUGGUGGAAAAUAUUUGUUUCGCGAAUAAUUUAAAUUCGAAUGAAGCAAUUUCAAAAGAAUUUCCCACGUUACAGAUUUGUACAGCUUCAGCAACUUCGACGCCCAAAAAAAAUACCGAUUCUCAGUUAAAUCAAACGAAGAACACAAAGGUUGCACACUCUUCAUUGAACGCAAAUCAACGAUCGGAUAAGUCAAUUGAGAACGUCACUGAGAAAAAUGCGCAAUUUCUUCAUAAGCCAUCUUGCGUGGAUAAGAACGCGAUUCACGGGAUCUCGCAUAUUCAUCCAGGAACGUCGAAAUCUAUUAAAUUGCUGUCACCGGAUAAAGAUUCGCAGUUGAAAUUUCUCGCGAUAGACUCCCCAACGAGCGAGCGCAAUAAGUUGCGACGCGCGAGCUCGAUUAAGUCCGUAAUCAAAGGAAACAACUUUUCUGAAAUGAAAAAUUCGCACCUCGAAACAUCUACACUGGGCAAGGCGCAGGAACCUUUCAUCGAAAACCCCUGUAAGAAGAGAAAAAGAACGAGAUACGUCAAUGACACAGAGCUAUUUGAGGACAGGUCCAGCGAUGGAAACGAUUCCAGCAAUUCGGCCAGUGACAGCAGUCGAAGUACGAUAAAACUUGACAGAUACAACGAGUUAUGUAGGAAAGCAAGCUCAAAUCGCUUGAGUUCCUCGGAUGACCAGGAUGUCGACAUGAUCUCGCUGGUUUCUAAAAAAACAGCGAGAUUAUGUCGACAUCCUGGUCAUCCGAACCAGAAUGCGGCCAGAAGAAAAUUCAAGGUUUAUAGCUCAGAAUCGGAAUCGAAAUCGGAGACGCACGUUACGAAAAAUUUGAAAAGCGACAAUCAAUGUGCCCAAUGGAAUUCAUCGAUUACGGAUUCGGUUACGAAACAAUGUUUGACUAAGCAAGAUUCGGAAAAUCUUCGUACGCGGAAUAUAAUCGAUAAAUGGAGCAACGAACACACGAUGCAAACAAAGUUGAUGAAGGAAAGUAAAAACAGUCAGAAUAGUCUCAAAUCAACGAAGAGUCGAUCCGAAGAAAUCCCGGCGAGCUAUCAAUCUUCUCACUCAAGUAAUGCACUCAACAUGGAGAAGUACUCAAAGCCAAGCCAGAAAAGUUUCGCGAGAGAGUCGGAUAUGUUUGAGAGCAGUAGUUUCUUCAAUUCGGAAAAUGUUGAUUAUAUACUGCAGUCGACAAAGAACGCGAAUGAUACGUCAAAGAAGAUCGCGGAUUCUUCAAACGAUGACAUUAUAAACAAAGUGCUGCAGAUCGAUAGAUCGCGGAGUAACACCGAUGAACGGCCAGAUUCUAUUUCACGGAACGAUAUCACGAGCCAAAGAGAAAAGGACAACAGAGAAUUGUUACAGGACAAUUUCGACGAGAUUAUCACCAAUGUCGAACAGCCACAAGGCAAGGAUUUCAUACCUUGUUCUAAACAUCCAGAUCGUAAUCCCAAUUGCCCGUUGGCAAAACAGAAAAAAUCGAACUGUCUCGCAAUGACAGAUGAAUCGUGUGACGUUAUACAGGAAACUCUGACCAUAUUUCCGUCAUCGACGAACGACAUGUUUGAACAGUAUUCUUCUAGAAACGUUAAGAAACUACCCGCAACGAAUGCUAUUCUAAAAUUUCAAGAAACAUUUAACGAAUGGAUUACAAAGCAUCCUGAUAAAGAGAACGUUGUCUGCAACCAGAAAAUACAUGGUUACGUGGAUGAUCAAAGAGACAGAAAAGAUUCAAUGACAAACGUAGAUGCGUUUGACAAUGACUCCCGUAAGACAGUCGCAUCGAAGCAUAAUUUAUCGCGAGAGAAAGAAAAGUUCCUCGAAGAACAUAAUGUUUCAGUACCAUCAGCGGGUCGGCUUGACGUCAAUAACGAUAAAAUAUACAGAGCAACAGUUGCUGACAACGAAUCAAUUUCAAAGGAUAAUACUUUCGAUGAUUCGCUUAUGAAUAUUAUGCAGCAUCAAGUUCGAUUACAAAUGUUUGAACGGGAUCUAUUCGGUAUUGCGUCCCAAAAUCAAACGAAAACGACGAAAAUGAAUUCGCAGAAUGAUCCGUCACGAAGGGAACAACGCACUCCAAAAAAGAGAAAGCUGAAUAUUCAGGAUAAAAAUACGGAACCAGAGGAAUGCUUCGCCGACGAAGAUGACGUUGUGGAAAAUACUCCUGAGAAAAAGAUGAAGAACAGCGGAAACUCCUUAAUGAUCGAGUCAGGAGAAAGUGCAAAGCCAUCGUUUUUAACCCCGCUCUUGAAGAAAGGCGAAUGGACACCAAAUACAUCAAAAUCGCAUCAAAUAGUUCACCCUCUGAGUGGCUCGAGUACACCUAUAAAUUUGUUAAAACCGUCUUCGCAAACGAUAUUUGAGAUGGAUAAGAGAAAUGAGCGUGUAAGAAACGAUGAUAUUUUAUUUGCGAAGCAGAUGAACGCAAAGAUGCUGGAGAAUGUCCCUUGGCAACCUGACAAGCAAGACCUGCGCUUCGUAUGCAGCGGAUUAUCUCCGGAUGAGGUCAUCACAGUGCAACAAUUCGCGACGAAACACAACGCGAAUUACGUGAAACAAUUCGAUCACAAUGUUACACACGUUAUCGUGAAGACCAGCGGUGAGAAGAAUAUAGCGAAAAGCACAUUGAAGUAUCUGCAGGGUAUCGCCCAUCGAAAGUGGCUAGUCAGCUAUAGGUGGAUCGAGGAUUGUAACAUGCAGCAGAAGCUACUGGACGAGGUUCCUUAUGAGGCAACCACGCAGACUGAUGUAAUGGACAGUACCGGACCUCGUAAUUCGAGAUUACGCGACAAGGGUCUCUUUGAGGGCUUCACGUUUCUCUGCAUCGGACCGUACAUCAACGUUUCACUGAACCAGUAUAAGGAUUUGUUACGUGCAACCGGAGCCACAGUGGUUGAUUCCUUCGAAGAUCUCGAUAAUAUGGGGGGCCUGAAAGGCGUUGUGAUCCAAGACAAUAUACACGACUACAAAAAAGUCGAACAUUGGUAUCGAACUUCUAAGGCAGCACCCAUUCUCGUGGAUUGGGUAGUCGAAUGUAUCGGUCACUACAAAUUAUUGAAGCUUGCUCCCUACAGCCCAUGUCUCUCACCGCAAGAUUUUUAUACUAUUGGCUAUCCACGAGAACUCGUAGAAGAAGAUGAGGAGUACAGCGAUACCGAAUAGAGGGGAAACAAAUUUAUAUAUAUAUUUGUUAUCUGUUAAUAAUUCGUUCCAGUGUUCAGUAUUUUCAAUCAAAAUAACUAAAUAGUUACAAUGGUAUUUUCAUAUUUACUAUA